CACAGCCAGCUCCCGUUUGACUACGAGGCCCUAAUGGGCCCGGGCUGCUGGGCUCCGUCGGCCUGCGACCAGGCCUCCGACUCGGGAUACUUCAGCGCCAGCGGCAGCAGCCUGUCGCCCACCUCCUCCGUGGACUCCUUCAGCUUCUCCCCGGCGCACCUUUCUGCUGCUGCCGCCGCUACUGCCGCCGCUGCCGCCGCCAUCGCCGGGCCGGAACCAGACGACUUGGACUGUCUGUUGUCCUCCCUGAACAGGCUGACGGGAGCUCCCCCGGCGGCAGCGGCGGCCGUCUCCAGCUGCUCCACCAGAACCCAGCAGAGCGGCUCGUCUCCAGCCAAGGCCCCCGCCAGCUCCGCCGCCUCCACCGCCACCACCAGAAGGUCCUGGUCCCGGUUCCCCGGCCGGAAGAGGCAGACGGCCAGCGAGCGGGAGAAGAUGAGGAUGCGCGACCUGACCAAGUCGCUGAACUACCUGCGCUCCUUCCUGCCCGCCUCGGUGGCGCCGGCGGGGCAGACGCUGACCAAGAUCGAGACGCUGCGCCUCACCAUGCAGUACAUCGGCCACCUGUCGGCCCAGCUGGGCCACGCCAGCCCGGAGGCCGCGCCCGAGGCCGGAGGUACCGCCGCGCCGCCGACGCAGCAGAACCUCCCCGCCUUCCAGCCCAUGGUGGAGCAGCCUCUCAACGGCCGCUACGUCCCGGAGGAACCCCUCCACCACCACCACCACCACCACUACCGCCACGUCGUCAUGGAUACCGUCAGCCAUCAGCAGAACCAGGCCACAGAACAACAGGUCCCUCUGCAGAAUCACUAUCAGGGUUCCGGUUCAUUCUGCAGUCCCUUGUUUAACGGGCAGUACUGGACCUCAGCCGACCUCCUGCAGCAGAACAUGUUCUCCUCUUGA